AUGGAGAGUAAGGAUACCAGCACAGGCGAGGGGCCUUCGACACCCCGAUAUCAACUGGCAAGGAACAACCGAGGCCGACUUUCGCUUGUUAGCGACAUAGAAAAUAUCAGUGGCGACGAAUACUACCCCCGCAACGAUGCUGAUGAACUAUCACCGACUGGUUCGUUAUUUGCUGCUGGUAUCGCCGAAGAUUCGAUUCGAGCAGGUCUACAAUAUCCAACAGUUGUAAGUCCAACUAGAACCAAUUUACCAGACCAAGACCAAAUUCCACAACCGCCGACCUCAUUCCCAACAUCUGGGGGACUUCCUGUUCCUUCCACGGAAUCUUAUGGGCCUUCAGUACCCUCUGUUUAUGGGCCUUCCAUACCUUCAACAUAUGGCCCACCUUCAACAUAUGGACUCCCCGUGCCUCAAGUUUAUGGAACGCCAGGGUCCUCCCCAUAUCCUUCGGGAUUGGGAGUGUCUAUGCCGCAUGAUGCGAGAAUGUCCAUAAUAUCUGAUCAAUCAAUCCCGGACCUUGGCUACCAUGACGACCUCACGGAAGGGAAUGAUGCGGACAAAUCGCGGACAUUAACCGCCGGCAGCCAUAGCAGCCAACAGGGCCAUACUGAGCGAUCCGAUUCAAUACACACACAAUCGAGCGUUGGAGCUCUUGGUUCCAAGGACCCAUAUGGCACCCCGCUUGUUGAUACUGAAAACUUUCGAGACAGCCUGGCACCACCACCUCCAUUUCCACCUCCAAAGAUUCCUUUAAAGGGCCAGGAUUUCGGUCUCGAACUCAGGACACGGCAGGAAUCCGAUCAAACGAUAAACGCUAUGUCAGCUGCUUCAAGAGCUUCUCAACCUCCUCCAGUCAUAAGAACAAGGCAGGAAUCGAAUCAGACUGCAUCGAGUUUCGCGAUGUUCACCCCGAUAAGUCCUAUCCAGAGGCAGGUGCGCUUUUCAAAUGCGGACAUGAAAACAGUGGUUCCUGGAGAGGGCAGCGUACCACCGCUGCCGAUUCCUCCUCACGUUAUCGAGAUGCUACGGAAUACACAGCCAAAGCCACGAGCACCUCAUUAUUUCCACGGGCCUCCUCCACCACACGGAGCUGAAAAUCCACCCCCAGAAUAUAUUACAACAAGAGAGGUUUUACUAUCACCAACCUUAACGCCGACUCUGACACCAGAUGGGCGCACAAAGACGUGGAGCGAGAAAGUUGGAUUGUUUGAUCCGACGGAUAAGGACCCUUCGAAACCAUGGUGGAGGAGGCGAAAGGGGUACUGCUUCUGGAUCAUUGUUGGACUUGCAGGAUUAGCAAUUGUUGUUGGUACGAUCAUUGGAAUCGUGAUUGGAAGGGAAAUGGGCCAGCGAAGAAGACACCGCAACGGAUGGUGGGCCGCGAGAAAUUCGACAGAGAUGCCACCUCCUGGGGGCUUCCUCGGUACCUGGGCAUAUACAACGACACUUAUGAACGAAACUACAGGAUGCGCACCGACAGCAGAUGGGCAAGAAACAGACCUAUGGCGCUGCGCUCCCUACGAAACUCCACCUUCAGCGAGUAAAGCGGUUUGGAGUUUCUUCAUAUCGAGAAGGAACAUGACCAAUGAAACAGAAAUAGAUCACCAAAGCCCGCUUUUUAUUUCUAGCGGCGGGAACCCAUUUGCCUACGUAUUCCCAUCCGAACAUUUAUACCUAAUGCGAUAUCCAAAUACAAACACUUCGUUCUACCAGUUCUCAUUGAACUACACACGAACAAGCAGCGUCGUUAUAGACGGCCGAGAAGCCACAUGCGAAUUCCCGAAUAGCGUAUUGACGGCAAAGAUGUUCGUCAAUAACACCGAAUUUCGAUGGAAAAAGGGCGAUUCAAAAGGGAAUGCCUAUCGUGGAGAAUGGCCCGGGAACGUCUAUCUUACGGAAGAAAAAUUUGGGGGCGGGAAGCAGGUAGUCUGUAGAGAUAAAGAAUCACUAGACGUGAUAUCUCUGAACGAUGUGACCGCGAAACGUGGUAUGGGAAAUUGUUUGUGCGAUUAUCAGAAACUGGGUCCAAUAAACGUGGAGGGCUAG